AUAGAAGUGAGCUGAUAGAUAGUCUUCUGCUGUGUGUUCAGCACAUAUCUGCUGAGUAUUCUGAUGUAAUACUGAGAAUCAUGGAAAAAGCUGUAGAAGUGGAUACUAUAACAGAUGCAGGUGCAGAAGCAGUGCGGAGAACAUUCAUAAACUUAUUUAUGAAAAAGAAAGAGGGUGUUUUGCAUUCUCUAGUUAGAAUUCUAGACAAAAAUGGUAUUUGCAACUUGCAUGAUGUGCUAUUGUACGGUAUACAUACGGAGGUAAAAGACAUAAACGAUCUUGUAAGAAUAUUCGGCGCACAGAUGGAAAAGUACCAAUGCACAGCUGAUGGUGCAACCGAGUAUAGAAUGUACUUUGUGCAGCUACUCUUUAUAGCCAAAGAGUACAGUAUCUUAUCAGCAGAAGCAGAAAGUGAAAGAAACAGACUAAUUGAAGAAAUUGUCAAAGAAUGCAGAGGGGAGAAUGACCAGUUGACUAUAAAUACAGUAGACAGAAUAUUCCAGCAUAAAAGCACACUUUGUACAAUCUCUACACUUUUUUAUACGAGAAAACUAGAUGCAAAGAACCUGGAUAUAGAAGUACAAGAAAGUAUAUUUUCAGCCACUGCUUUGAUUUAUGGAAAGAUUUGCUACGAUUUGUUCUUGCAGGCAGUCGAAGAGAAGCGAGAAACAAGCUCGUUCUAUGUGCACUGUGCUCUCUUACAGUCGCCCGAGCUAAUACUAGAAAUAGACAACAAAUUCUUUGAAGAAGAGAAUAGCACAGAAAUCACCCAGUACACAUGCUUCUUGUAUAGUCAAUAUAACCCGUAUUGGGAAAAAAUAAAAAGAAGGUACAGAAAAUGCAUAGAACACAACAGAGAGAAUGCUAUUAGCAGAAAUAAGAAAAAUGAAGAAAGAAAAAAGAAAAACAGAGGAAGAUUAGAUAGCAUUUGCAAUGCUUGCAGAGUGCAGAGAGCGGCUGAGCUGUGUGCUGAGAAGAUAAAAAGUAAAAGCAUGCUGUGGAUGGUGGCAGAAGGAGAUGCAAAGAGUAUUAGGAAGUAUCUCGAUGAAAAUGCACGCAGCCCAAGCUCGCUGGCUGUUUUUCUGGAAAAGAUCUAUCCGAAAAUAAACAUAGAAGUCAAAAGUAUGCGAUUAUUUGACCAUUUGGAUGGGGGUGAGUGCUUCAGAUACCCAGAGAGCAUCAGACUGCUUCCUAGGCUAAAAUAUACAGAAGAAACAGUUGGAAAGGCGAAAGAUGUUUUCUCAGAAGCAGAGAACGAGAAGAGAAUCAUUUGGCUGCUUUUUCUUGAGUCGGUCAUAAGAGACAUGUACGAGACUGAGAAAGUAUUAACAGAUGAUUUUCAUUUGCAAGUGCUAAUAAGAGCCCCCGGAAUAACAGAGAGAAUAUGCAAGAGUCGUUCGAGAAGAAGAGAAGAAAGAAUAGUGCAGCUAUCAAUAGAAAUAUUAGAAGGAGCAUUGCAGGUAACAGAGCAGGAAGAGAGAAAUGUAAUGCACGGGCUGAGGAUGGUAGAAAAGUCUACAGAAGCAGAAACACUUUCAAAAGACAUCGAAUGCUAUCUCAGCAAAAAAAGAAAAAGCACAGACUUCGAAGCAUUCCUGAAAGGAAUCAACUCACCGAUAAAAAGAGAAAAAGAAACACCCUUUACGCAGUGUCUUUCCAGGGCCAAAGAGAUCAUAGGAAUAUUUUACUGCACAGAUGUAUACAAUAGCGCACUCGACGCUCCAUUUACGCCAAUAGAGCUAGUAAGAAUGAAAAGUGUUCUAUUUCAUGAGGUAGUGAAACUGUCAUUGACAGAGCAGAAGAUAGUAGAAGAAUAUUUCAACCAUAAAGAUCUGUCGUAUGAGAAACACCUCAGGAGCAACAUGCUCAUCAUGGAAGAAGGCGGAAAAGUAAAAAAAAUAGUGGAUGCUCACUACAAUGAAGAUCUCCAGGAAAUAUCCACAGGCAUAAAAAUAGAAAAUGAGUGUGUAUAUUUAGUCAGUGCGCUAAUGCACACAAUAUAUCCAGAGAAAUACUUUUCAUUUCUACUCCUUACAAAAGCAGUAGCACAAAAAGAGAGCCUAGCGCCGCUAGAGAUAUACGCUAUAAAUCAUGCAUUUGAAUAUUUAUAUGCAUACGACCGAGAGCUAUUCAGAGAAUUAAGAAGACUAUGUGCAGAAAAAUCAAAGCCAGCAGAAACAAAAGGUGCAGUUAAUAACAGAAGUAUGCGCCAAAGAGACAGCUCUGCAGAUGAUAGGAAAGACAAGAAAAUAAGCAGGGAAAAUAUAAUGUGCUCUAACUCAGUGGAUAACAGCUCGGACUCACAGCUAGCAGUACCAGAAAUAUGCCUGAAAUUGAAAAGACACGGAGCACUUUCAAAAUCCAAACAGAGGAUAAUUCUUGCAAAAUACCAGAACGAGUUUUUUACAAGAUACUACAACUGCAGAAACAUGGAAAAAGUAAUCAGCGAGUAUUUUAAAGGCCUGCUUCCCAUUGCAUCACUGAACAUGCUUGUUUUUGUGUGCGAUAUGCCAGCUACAACAGAAGAUGUCCUAAAAAGAGUGCCAUGCACAUCGUCACAGGAGUUUCUGAAUAUCUUCUACUAUGCAGACCAGAACAUUAGUCCUCCUCUGUCAUACUCUUACUGUCAAAUAGCAGAGAUGAUUAAAGUAGAUAGAAAAAGUAUGCUGCAGAAGGACAUAGUACAAGCAGCACAGCAGAAAAUAGAUCAAAGUACAGAUAGCCAAAACAAGCAAAGUGAAAGUGCACAUAGCCAAAAUAGCACAGAAAAUAGUCUAUAUAGUGAAGGUAUAAAUAGCACGAGAAAUAGCGGGCUGUCCUAUAGGAAUGAUGCAAUAGACAUGUACAACAGGAGAGAGUGGGACAAUGGAUUUAUUACUACUCCGCACGCCUCAAAGGAUAGUAGUGCACUUCCCGAUGUAGAUAAAAUACUGAAGGCAGCGAGCAGGCUUACAAAAUGGACAACUUCAGUUGAUAAAAGUGAUGAAAUUGACUUUCUGUUCUCAGACAGCAUGCUGUUCAACAGAUCGCAAAAGUAUGUAAAUUUUCUGCAGUCUAAAAAGGUGAUAGAAAGAUUUAGGUUCAUUGACUCAAUAAAAACAGGAAAAACAUACACAGGUAGCAGAGAAAUAGAAGAGAUACUGUACAUCUGCACAAGAAAGAAAGACAGAAUUGCGUGUGCUCUUGAGAAGAACAGAACACUGACAAAAGACGGGAUAUACUGCACGCUCACAGCCUUGGAAAAAAAGUGGCUGAAAAUGCCAGCUGAGUCAUUCUACAUGCACAAUAAAAAUAAAACCGUGGUGUGUGAAAUAACAAAAACAGACGAAAUAGCAAUUGCAGCCACAAAAGAGAAAAGAAAGAGAGAGAUAGCAGCAGACCUCCUACUUUUCAAGAUAGAGCAGGGCAUUCACACUUUGAAAAACCCAUUUCUACUUUUGGCAGACAUAGAAAGAGAGUGCACAGAGCAAAGAGAUAAAAAAACAAAAGCCACUGAAAGUGAAUGUGAGGGGAUUGAGGUGCCAAGAGUGCAAAAUAGCCAUAAAAAGUGCAAGUACAGCUUGAACACUAGCUUGCUCUCUAAAAUAACAGCGGCUAAAAUCAACUACAUCCUAAAUGAGUUUGAGAAUAAGCCCAUCGAUAUACUCAAUGACCAUGUAAAGCCUGCAUCGCUCAUCGACUUCGAAGAAAACAGCCUGCGAGUCACAGAAACCCUGGCAAAGACGUGUCUGACUAUCUUCAACAGACAUGCAAUGCACUCGACUAACUAUCCUGCCAUCUCGCUGCAGCAGAAAGUGAAAAACAAAAUGCUGCAGAAGGAGGAAGAAGCAGCAAUGGAAAUGGAGGAGUGCAGAGCCAGACAGUACACAAAAGUAGAAGAAACAGCACGUGCCCUGGGCAUCAGUUUGUACAUCCAGCUGGCAGAGAGAGAAAGAAAGCCACAGCACAUUAUUUCACUGAUCCAUCUUCUAUUCUCAGAGCAUCCUGCAGAAGAAGUUCUCCAUGACAUUUCUCUUGAAGGCGUUCCAACAAAGUGCUUUCUUCCGCUUAAGCAGCAGAUUAUCUCCAAGUUUGCACAUCUCCACAUGCACGGAAAAACAAACACGCACCUCUACAGACACCUAUCAGUCCUGAUUCAAAAGUUUCUAGUUCAUUUUCCCUUCUUAGUAGUAUACGAUCUCAUUCUGAGAGAAAAAAAAGGCGCAGACCUCGUGAAAAUCCCAAGCAAAAUAAGAAUGCACGCUGAAGCAGUCAUUAGACAGUACAAAAACAUACACACGCAGGUCCAAACAUUCUCCACUGUCUCAGCAGUAUUUCCUCCAAAUAUACCUGUUCUUUCACGCACACAAAAGAGCGAGCAUACAAAGUGCUACAUCCACAAGGUCCUGCCAGAGAUAAAAAGACUGAAAGGCAUCAACAAGCCCGUGCUGAUAUCGAUACUUUCAACAGAUGGAGCCAUAUACAAAGAAAUAAUCAAAAAGAACGAUGAUCUGAAACAAGACAUUCUCAGCAUGCAAGUGUUUUCGUACAUGAACACAGUCCUAGCGCUAUCAUCGCACACACAGACGAUAAAAGAGAGGAUAGUCACGUACAACAUCAUAGCCCUGGACAAGCUCUUUGGAAUCAUUGAGUUUGUGGCAGCAGCAGAGCCUCUGGGCAAUGCCAUAGAAGACCUGCACUCUCUCUACUACCCAUCAGAAAUAACGAACAAAAAGUGCAGAGAAAUAAUGCAGAAGUACAUCGAUAGACCGCUAGAAGAGAAAGUCAAAGCACUAAAACAGGUAUACACCCUGUAUACGCCCGUUCUCAAGAGAAUAUUCGAUGGACGAGGGCCCUUUGAGUAUUGCAAACAGAGAAAAACAUUUACGAACUCUUUUGCAAUAACAUCCAUAGCAACAUACAUCCUGGGGCUCGGUGACAGACACCCUCACAACAUCCUAAUAGACAAAAGAACCAAAGAGCUUGUGAACAUCGAUCUAAAUUUAAUAUUCGACCAAGGAAAGGCCCUGACCAUAUCAGAAAAAGUGCCCUUUAGGAUGACAAGGAAUAUCCAACAGUGCAUAAUCGCAACAGAAGAGCAUUCAUACGAAAGGGUAAUGAACUCGUUCUUAGCGUCCCUGAAAGAGUCGAAAGAAAAUCUUCUUGUGUUUGUGAACAUCCUGCAGAAUGAGCCCCUGCAGAGAUGGAGAGCAAUUCAGAAGAUUGCGCAGAUAGAAAGAAUGUUCUCCGACUACAAAAGCAUUUUAUCCCGCCUCAAGGACAAGCUAAACGGAAUAGAAGAUGGAUUUGUCCUAAGCAACUCAGCGCACAUUCAGUGCCUCGUGCAGAGGGCUGUGGACAUAUCCAACCAGGCAUCGAUAUACCCCGGAUGGUCACCGUGGAUGUAG